AUGUCGCAAGACAGGCACCGGAAUGUGCAAUCAUACACAACUGCACUCGGUACAAAGGCAUAUAUACUCGGAAAUGUUUGGGGUGGUGAGGCUUCUGAAGAUGCACUGAGUAAUGAGAUGUCUGCUGAGGUGCAACAACAUUCUUUACCUUCUUUAAGAAAACAUUGUACUCUUCCUGUUCGAAGUAGACCAUGGUGUAAAGAUGUUCAUCCACCAUAUCCUUCAGAAGGUGGUAAGUCAAAAAGGAGAAGAGUGAUGAGAGAAAGUGGUAAACGUUUAAUUACCACAUCUUUAGAUAAUAACACAGGUCCUGGGAUAACGGAUGAAUUACGACAUUUGUUGCCAACACAAAUUGUGGUGCCUCCAGUAAUGCAUACUGCUUCUUCAGAAGCUCCGUUACCGUUACCUACAUCGUAUUGGAGAAUUCCUCUUGCGCCAUUGAAUUCAUCCAGUAAUAAUAGUGUAGGAGUAAUAUCAUCAGAACCACUAGAAACGAAGUCUUUCAAUGCUAUUAAUACUACUAAACACUCUCUGUAUGAUGUGUCUACGCAUCAGGUAACAGAUUUACCACCUAAUCUGCCAAAAAUAUUUUCACCGACACCUCCAUCAAAUAUCCAUCAAACUGACCUUAAUAAUAAUUUUUCUCACUGUUCAAUGGAGGACCAUCAAAGUAUGUUGGAAAAUGGUUUUGUUUACUGUCCAGAUUGUGGUGUGAGGGUAAGUUAUGCUCCCUUAGUGGAGUACUCACCACAAGAAUGUCCUGUAACCCAUGAAAAAUUAAUGUGUGAUAUGGAAAGUAAUGAAAGGAGGCAGAAGAAGUAUUGUAUACUAUGCGGUUUUUUAAUAAAAAAUCAAACUGCACCACUUAAAGAGAAUCAAGAGAGGGAAACAAGAGAUGGGAAAUAUUUCUUGAGUAUGAACAAUUCUUCUGCUAGAGUACUAGAAAAUGUACGUGUGGAACCACCUUAUAUGGUGCCAGGACAGACUCUAAUUGCGACAGCGCUUUCUGAACCAUUAACUGGUUUUAAAACUGAUGGAGAUGAGAAGAAGAGAGUACAAAAAGAGCCUGGAAACAUAGAUUCUCACUUUACAGUUAGAAAUGAUGGUAACUUUCCAUCUCAAACUGCAACGGAAUUUCAGACUAGGGUUGAUUACCCCUUACCAGCUCCUUCUGGUACUGCGGCGAGUAGCAGUAAGGAAAGUGGAGGAACGGAAGCUUUCACUAAAGAGAAGGCGUUGGGAUCUUCUGCCAUGUUGACUGUACCACUACCACCACCACCAACAGCAGCAGCAGCAUCAGCAAGAUCAGUGGCAGCAGAAAAAGAAGAAAGUAGAUUAGAUAAAACUGUGGAAUCUCCUUUCACUUCUAUGAAAGGAAGACAUUUAGAAAAUGCCUCAGGUGUGGGAGUACAAGCUUCUACAUCUGCAGGGAAAGCCGUGGACGUCACAGCGGUGAAGCGAGAGUUUCUCUACACGGCCGGUGUAUCCGGUGUGUACUGUGGAUUACCAAAUUGUGCCUUAUGUGUGAGUUCGGUGGAUUCAUCAUCACCUCAUAUAGGGUCAAGUUGUCAACAUUCACCAGUUACAGAGGUAAAACGACAUGACGAGGCAAGUGUUAUAGUUGUACAUAAUCAUUACUAUCACAAAAUGUAG